UCAAUCAUCAUCAAUGGAUUCAACUAAACAAAAUAAUAACAAUUUACAUAUAAAUGAAUGUCCACCAACAUGGGAUGGUUGGCUUUGUUGGGAUGAAUAUGCAAAACCAUCACAACAAUUAGAACGUCCAUGUCCAAAACAUAUAUAUUGGGAUCAACAUACACCACCAUGUCGUGGUUAUGUAACAAAAUUAUGUGACAAAAAUGGCCAUUGGUUUAUGAAUGAUGAUCAUCGUGAAUGGAGUAAUUAUACAAUGUGUGCACGUGAUGAUAUUUAUGCAGGAAGGAUACGAUAUUCGUUAGUGACCAACAUUAUAUCCAUGUGUGCACUAAUACCAGCAUUAUUUAUUUUCAGCCAUUACAAACAAGUUUCAUCAAUAUCUCGUAUACGAUUACAUAAACAUUUAUUUACAUCAUUACUAUUUCAUGCCAUUAUAUCGGCAUUAUUAAAAUGGCAUCUGCUUGGCGGUUUACAAUCCACUAUUGAACCGGAUGUUGAUUUUUCAACAGUUGUUGUUGUUGUUGAAAAUAAUAGCACCAUAAUGAUGAAAGAAACGGAAAAAAUAUCAACAACAACGAUUGAAUCUAUGGCUGUAAAUGAUAAUAAUAAUAAUAAUAAUGAUGGUGGUGGCGGUGAAAAAAUGGCACUUAUAUCUUCAUAUCAUCAUAAUCUACCUUCAUUCUGUUUGAUAUUAUCUAUAUUACAACGUUAUUUUCGUUCAACCAAUUAUCUAUGGAUGUUCAAUGAAGCUGUUUAUCUACAUCAAUUAAUUAAACAUGCAUUUGUACAGCCAUCAUUACGACCAUUGAUCAUAUUGGCUUAUAGUCUACCAUUCAUAACAACAACAUCGUAUAUUUUUGCCAGAGAAUUUUUCCUACAACAAAUAAAUACAAUUACAAAUGAACAAUCACAACAAAUAUCAUUGACAAACAAUAUGACGAAUAAUUUUGCCACAAUCGAUAAUGAUGUUGUUCAUUCAUAUACAUCAUCAAUAAAAUCAUGGAAAAAUUAUCCAAUAAUCAGUCGUUAUCAACAAGAACAUUUGAUUACAGUAUUACUAUCAAUUGAUGAUAAUAUUCGACAGGAUCUUGUUCAAGAAUUGAAUAUUCAACAUUUACAUUUGAAAGAUCCACAAUUAGCAUAUGAAUCUGUUUAUAAUCAUCCUCAUCAUCAUCAUCAUCAUCAAUAUUUAGAUCAAUCAUCAUUGAUUCAAUAUCUAUUAUUAAAUCAUCGUGAUGUAGAUGUAUUUGCCGAACGUUAUGUUUCCAAUCUAGAUUAUGGAAAAAAUAUUCAUCCAAAACAUGAUUAUAAUAAUGUAAAUGAUAAUAACCAUUAUGAUGAUGAUAAUCAUUCCGAAUCACUAACAUUGGAAGAAGAUAAUCCAAUAACAAAAGUGGAUGACUGUUGGUUAACACCAUCCAAUCAACCAUGGCAUGAAUGGAUUAUUAAUGGACCAAAUUUAGCCGUAUUAAUUAUAAAUUGUUUCUUCUUAAUUUGGUUAUUGCGUGUACUUUGUAUAAAAGCGGCUGCUACAUCCAUUAUGGUUUCAACAUCACCACCACCAGUACCACCCCCACUACCAGUAUCCGCUUCAUCUUCACGUCGUGGUUUUCUUCAUAAUAAUAGCAAUAACCUAAAUAAUAAAAUUGAUACAUCAUCGACUGGUUUUCAUCAUCAUCAUCAUCAUUCAUCAUCAUCAUCAUCAUCACCACCAUUGGCAAUGGAAAAUAAUGAUAAUAACAACAACAACAACAACGAUGAUGAUGAUGAUGAUGAUGGUGAUUCUUGUACAACAAAAUUACAACGUUGUUUUCAACGUACAUCAUCGAUACAUUCGUCCAUAACAUCACAACAACCACCUACACAACCACAACCACCGCCACAGCCACCGCAACCGCCACCACCACCAUCAUCAUCAUCAUCAAUAUCAAGAUAUAAUCGUACAUCAUCAACAUUAUUCAAUAGGCAAUCAUUUUUAGUAUCACUUCGUGCUGCUGUAUUAUUAUUACCAUUAUAUGGUCUCCAUUAUCUAUUUAUUGUAUAUCGGCCAAAAAUUGAAAAUUGUUGGCUUUCCGAAACUUAUCACUAUUUAUCACUUAGCUUUGAUGGCCUACAAGGAUUGAUGGUUUCAAUUAUUUUCUGUUUUGCCAAUAGUGAAAUACGAAAUCUACUCACACGAUCAUUUCAACGUGUCAGUAAUCGUCAACGUAGUGUCACCAUUUACAUGAGUGAUAUUGGACAAAUAAAUGGAAAUCGUGACUGAAUGAAUAAAAUUAAUUUAUCGAUAAAAGAAUUUCGAUUGGUGGCUACACACACACACACACACCACACACCAGCACCACAAUUCUGCAAAAAUCAUACACCGAAUGUGUCAAGACUGAUAAAUAAAAAAAAAAAAAAAGAUUUGACACUUUUUUUUUCUUGAAAAGUUGUCAACAAGUUGUGAUAAUGAAUAGCCACUAUAUAUAUGUAUAUGGCCAAUGAAUAUAAUAAGAUUAUUAUUUGAAUAUAUAUCGAACCCCUGUUUAUUAAACAAACACAUGUCAACAGCGAUGAAAAUGCGGACCAAAAAAAAAAAAAAAAAUUCGUUUUCGACAUUUUUUUUAAUUCCCAAAUUGUAAACAUCAUUUGAUGCAAACAUAUUUACCCGUUUCGCUGCCUCUCCAUGGUGGUCAGCGAUAAAUUCAAAAUGUUUUUUUAUUAUUAUUGAAAAUAACAUUGAAUUUUAUUUGUUCAA